AUGUUGGAAGUGGUAGACGAAUCGGAUGAGAAGCUGAAGAAGCUUAAAGCCGAGUGGGGAGAAGAGGUGCACAACGCCGUUAAAACAGCUCUCGAGGAAAUGAAUGAGUAUAUUGCAAGUGGUCGAUACAGCACCCCAGAAAUUUGGAAUUUCGAAGUAGGAAGGAAAGCAACACUAAAGGAAGUGAUUAGUUUCAUUUCCAACGAUAUGAAGCCUGUGAAACGCAAAAGAACCUGA